AUGACGGCUGCUAGCUCGGAAGUUGAGAUAACAAUGGAUGCCUCACGUAAAAUCAUUAAUAAUAUGGAAAAUUUUACCACUGUUUUGUUCACACAUGGCUACAUGAUUGAACAUCGAAAUUCCACACGAAACAUGCUCUACCAGACCCCAAGUGAAUCAAGACCUCACCAUGGUGGACGAUGUUUUGAUUCCUUUGAAGCUUUCAAGUACCGAUAUAGCCUUACAACUGAUAAGUACAGCAAUGGCUCAUUAAAAGAUUCAUUUGUAAAUGCAGACAACAGCGAUGCUUUUGAAAGAUCUGGUUUGGAACGACUUGCUUGCGCUCUCAAUGAAAAUGGCUUGAACAAUGUCAAGAAAAUGGAAGAGAGCACUGGACGAGUAUCCAAUGCUGGUAGUGAUAUUAGCCGGAUUCUUCAACAGUUGGAGCAGUUGAUCCAAUCUGAUGAAUGGAUCAACAAAGAAGUAAAAGAUCAUGGAAGAAGUUCAACACCUUCAGAAUUUCUCCAAAAGUGGGGUCACCUUGUUAGUUCACAUUUAUCAGAAUUGGGACGCACGUUGGUUAUCAGCUCAUCCCUCAAAAGUUAUAUUAAUCUGCUUGGAAUUCAUCACAAGCAAUAUAUUGCUUCAUGGCUUUAUGGUAGUACGUCGCAAACACUUAGCACACUCUUCCGUACACCCAACAAUAAUUUGCACUGCUCCGAGUAUGAUUCCGUAUCCUCAAAUUCGUUCAAAACAGAAAUUGGUUAUGCAAUUCGUCUUGCAUUGCUUGACACAUACGGUUCCGAUUAUUACUUGAAAGGAUGGCGCGUCUUUCUUGAAAUGGGCCCACCGGUGGUAUAUAUUUCACCUGCUUUGCACAUCGAUCUUACUUCAUACCUGUCCACUGAAUACUUGAUUGGAGAUAUUGUCAUUUUGAAGAAGUCAGAUGGAAAUUUUGCAGACAUUGAAGGCCGAAUUGAUCACGUCGCAUUUGAAAAACGGCUUGAUGAUGACAUUGGUGCUGGAAAGAAACCGCUGAUCGUGAUUGGAGUCGUUGGAUCAUCAAUUCUCGGGCAGAAUGAUAUCAUAAGCCGUCUUUUGGAGAUAAGAAAGUGCAAGACUCAAUUCUGGAUACAUGUUGUUGGGCAGGGUUUGGCUGCACUGUGUAUGAAGGAACCAUCCGAAAUGCUAGUACACGUGUUAUCACAAGUUGAUAGUUUCACGGCUCCACUUGCGUUAUGGCUUGGUAUACCAGCAGCACCCGCUAUUACAUUCCAUCGAUCUGUUGAUAACUACAAGCCGUUAUAUCACGAAAAACUGGCUGUAUUGCCAUGGUGGAUCGCAUACCACCAUUUAACAGCCUGCAAGAUUACUGAUACCAUUGAGGAUGCAUACUUCUUGAGCAAAGUAAUGCUUCGAGGUUUGACAGCUUUUCCGCAGAUCGAAAUUCUUGGUAUUGAAAAUCCCAGCGAAUUUGCAAAUCGCGUUUGCAAAGGCAUCUGUACACCUCCCAUUGUUCUGAUUUUCAAGUACAGGUGCCCAGACUUGAAAAAAGUUAAAAAAGAUAAGAUUCCCAUAGCUAUUAAUGGAAGUUCUUUCGUGACUGUGACAAACGACUAUGUAAAUUCGGGCGAUGCGGAUGACACAUUUGCCAAUGACUCUUCAACAACAUCUGAUAACGAUAUCGACGACCCAGCAGAAUAUGCUAAUUCAUUGAAUUUUUGGCUCAGUCAGGGACCGAUAUCAGAUUGUCACCAACUUGCGUUGCAGCAACUCUCCGAUGCGCUGGCAAUAAUUGAAUCGACUGUUACUGCCAAGAAACGUUUCAAGGAGAUUGUGUCGAAAUAUCCGUCAUUAGGGCUAGCACCAGUUCGUAAAUGGGCUGGUGUUGGAGCUGUCUGUUAUAUACCUUCCAUUGUGAAGGAAACUCCAAUGGAUGAAUGGAACGAAAAACAGCGUCAACAGGUAUCUCAUUUGAACCUGGAAUUGGUGCAUUCUUUGCGAUUCAUAGAUACAGCAUUCUCUUCUGGCGAAAGUCCGGUGUACAGUGUUUCAUGUGUUAAAUUUGGUAUGCUUUCUGAUGACAAAGAUCUCGCGGAUCUGGUCAAUUUCGUUGUUGAGCGUGGGAAAGAAAUCGAACAGUCACAGAAGUAUAUGGACCGUUUGGCUGAAAUGAUACGUCGGGGAAUCGAGGCAGCAAAUAAAGAUUUGAAACGCGAGAAUGAUGCGCGGCUUAUGCAAGAAGGUAUGAUGAGGCAGAUUCCAUUGAUGAGUUCAUUGGUUAAUUGGUUUUCACCACUGGACAAGGACUUACAGAGCGUUAAGGGUCGUUCGUUUGACUUAAAAACUGGACAAAUUCAAUCAACGGAAGUGUACUAUAAACACCGGCUUAUGAACCGGACGGACGCCAUUUCUCAGGAUUCUCAUUACACGGUUGCGAAGAUUUCCAGUGAGUCAACAAGAAAGCAAAAUAAUAUGAACUCCAAUAACGAUACUGUUCAAGAUGAUAUAGCAUUGAAAAGUGCAGAUGAAAAUGACCUUGGAUCGAACGAGGGUAGCAGUUUGCCUGACUCAUUUUGUCAAGUGCAAACUUGGACUAGGCCCUUCCGGCACUCACGAGUAGAAGGAUGA